AUGUUAGUUUAUGCUAGAUAUGAUGCUAGACUUCGUGAUCCAUUGACAGGAAAGGAAAGAAAAGUUAAUUACAAAAGAUUACAUAAUUUUUUAAGUCUUGUGACCUACUUGGACUGGGUGAUGAUAUGGGUAACAACUUUAUCUUGCAUAUCUAUGAUGUUUGAAACUCCUACCUAUAGGGUAAUGAGCACGCCUAUCCUUCAAAUUGCAGAAUAUGUCUUUGUUAUAUUUAUGACACUUGAACUGACAUUAAAAAUCCUGGCUGAUGGAAUUUUCUUCACUCCUAAGGCAUAUAUGAAAGAUGUUGCAUCUAUUUUAGACGUUUUUAUAUUUGUGACGAGUUUAGUUUUUUUGUGUUGGAUGCCAGAAAAUGUGCCUCCUAAUUCAGGAGCUCAGUUAUUAAUGAUUUUACGAUGUGUGAGACCCUUGCGAAUUUUCACUUUAGUACCACAUAUGAGGAAAGUUGUUGAUGAACUGUGCCGAGGUUUCAAAGAAAUACUCCUGGUAUCAAUACUUCUGAUUGUGCUAAUGUUUGUCUUUGCAAGCUAUGGUGUUCAACUAUUUGGUGGUCGAUUAGCUAGGUGUAAUGACCCCAACAUAACUCGUAGAGAAGAUUGUGUUGGGACAUUUGAGAGAAAAGUGUUUGUUACUAAAAUGAAAAUAUCCCUUGGUCCAGAUGAGGAUCAUCCUGCAAUGCUAGUUCCUAGGGUUUGGGCGAACCCAAGAAGAUUUAACUUUGACAAUAUUGGCUAUGCAAUGUUGGCAUUGUUUGAAGUACUAUCCUUCAAAGGUUGGCUAGACGUUAGGGAUAUUCUCAUCAAAGCUCUGGGGCCUGUAAGUUAA